AUGAGAGUGACAUCCAAAAUCUCUCUCUCUCUCUCUCUCUCUCUCUCUCUCUCUCUCUCUCUCUCUCUCUCUCUCUCUCUCUCCACACAAAGUUUCUCUCUCAUUACUAUAUUUUCUCUUUCAAAAUUGAAACUUCCUUUCUUUCGGAUCACCACAAGACCGUUUCCUUCUUCUCUGUUUCUUUUCCCCAAAAAACCUCACACACUCUUCUCUCUCUCUCUCUCUCUCUCUCUCUCUGCAACCGUUAUUCUUUCAAUCUCUCACCUUUUUGUGAUUCUUUGACAAAAACACUAUCUUUCUUUCUUUUUGUUACAAACCCAAGAUAGCUUUUUUCUUUUCCCAUUCUUGUUUUUAGAAGAUUCUACCAACUGGGUCAUUUUUGUUUUUUCUUCUUUGUCCUUUUUUCGUUGAUGGGUUAUUGUUUUUGAUAUCUUCUACGACCAUUGAAGGAAGUGGUUUCUGAAGAAAAAAUGGGUCUUGAUGAUGACAAUGUUUCUGAAGAUAAAAAAGUUGUAGAAAGUGAUAAUGAAGAAGCUGCUGCUGCUGGUGGUCUUAGCAGAUACAAGAGUGAAAGUUCUGUUGCUGCAACUGAGGACGAAGAUGAUGAUGAAGAUAGGAAGAUUGAAUUGGGUCCACAAUGUACCUUAAAGGAACAACUUGAAAAGGAUAAGGAUGAUGAAAGCUUGAGGAGGUGGAAGGAGCAGCUUCUUGGAAGUGUUGACAUCAAUGCUGUUGGAGAAAGUCUAGAGCCAGAAGUGAAGAUCCUGAGUCUUGCAAUAAAAUCUGCUGGUAGAGAUGAUAUCGUCCUUCCAAUACCAGAAGAUGGAAAUCCAAAGGGUAUGUGGUUUACUUUGAAAGAAGGUAGCAAAUACAGGUUGGAGUUCACUUUUCAGGUCAACCAUAACAUUGUUUCUGGUCUCAAAUACACCAACACUGUGUGGAAAACUGGUAUCAAAGUUGAUAGCAGUAAAGAAAUGAUUGGAACUUUUAGUCCUCAAACUGAGACUUACACUCAUGAGAUGCCUGAAGAGACAACACCAUCUGGGAUUUUUGCUAGAGGGGCAUACACAGCUAGAAGUAAGUUUGUUGAUGAUGAUAACAAGUGCUACUUGGAGAUCAACUACACUUUUGAUAUCAAAAAGGACUGGCAGUAAUUAGGAGUCAAGCUAGCUGAAUUAUCUUCCUUAAUCAUGGAUUGAUUAUGUUUAAUCCUUAAUCAUUGUUAUUUGUACUGAAAUCUCCUUCAGUGUUUUACUUGCUUCUUUUUCAUUGUUUAUUUGUUUGUUUCUAAUCCUGUCUGAGACCGGUAAUCUUAACAAUGAUGAGAGGAUUUUGAAGGAUGAAAUUGGUAUUUCUAUUCAUUUCAUA